CAGCAACACUUUCCUCCCUAAAUCAGAACCAACAAUGGCACCAACAGCCUCUCUGCUGACCCUCCUUGGCGCGUUUGUGGCUCUUCCUACAGCUCUCGCGGGCUUUAAUCCAAGUUCCCAAAGCAAUGUAGCCGUCUACUGGGGUGAGAACCACCACAAACCUGUCCCAAUCCACGACACUGACAACACGUAAAGGCCAGAACUCUUUCGGACAGGGCAGCGGCCCCUUUGUCCAGGAGCGUCUUUCCUACUACUGCGAAAGUAAGAGCUUGACCUACUUGCAAAUUGGAGACACAUCACUGACGGGCCAUGUCAGACCCUGAUAUCGACAUUAUCCCCAUUGCGUUCCUCAACGGCCUCGCGCCACCGCUGGUCAACUUUGCCAACGCAGGCGACAAUUGCACCACAUUCCCAGAGGGCCCUUCCCUCCUCGACUGUCCUCAGAUCGAAGAGGACAUCAAGACGUGCCAAGCCAAAGGCAAGACCAUCGUCCUCUCCAUGGGCGGCGCCACCUACUCUGGUGGUGGCUUCCAAAGCGCCGAUGCAGCUGUCGACGCCGCCCGUACCCUCUGGGCCACAUUCGGACCCGAGCAGCCAGGUUCCAACGCGCUCCGCCCCUUUGGCUCGGCCGUGAUCGACGGCUUCGACUACGACUUUGAGUCAGCAACGUCCAACAUGGUCUCCUUUGGCCAGGAGCUGCGUCGCCUCAUGGAAGACGCCACCGCGAGCGGCGACAAGCGCUUCUACAUCACCGCCGCGCCCCAGUGCCCGUACCCAGACCAGGCCAAUGGCGAAGCCCUGGCCGGCGGCGUCUCGUUUGACUUUAUUAUGAUCCAGUUCUACAACAACUACUGCGGUGUCCAGUCGUUCGUCCCCGGCGCCGCGCAGCAGUACAACUUCAACAUGGAGACGUGGGACGCGUGGGCGGCGUCGACCAGCUUGAACCCGGACGUCAAGAUCCUGCUCGGCAUCCCGGCCAACACGGGCGCGGGAGCGGGCUACACCGAGGGCGAGGCGCUGGCGAGCGUGAUCCAGUACUCGAAGCAGUACGCGAGCUUUGGGGGCGUCAUGAUGUGGGAUAUGUCGCAGCUGUAUGCGAACGAGGGAUUCUUGGGUGAGGUCGUGAACGCCCUGGGUUGAGCUGGG